UGGUACGUUAGGUAACUAGCUUAAUUGAUAGGUUUGGCCAUUAGGGUUAGGUUCUAGGACAAGGAUCCAAAUCAAAAAAAUCCAAGAGUGUUGAUCUACCGGUGAAGUGAUCAAUAAAAGAAAACUCGCGACAACAAAAAGAGACAAAACAAGCUAACGAAAGGGUGCGCCAAUAUGGCCUCAACUUCUCUAAGAAGGCUUGAAGGGAAAGUAGCCUUAAUAACCGGCGCCGCCAGCGGCAUCGGAGAGGCCGCCGCCAGAAUGUUUUCCCGGCAUGGAGCCAAGGUUGUAAUAGCGGACAUCCAAGACGAAUUAUCACGCAAUGUCUGCAAAGAAUUGGGACCGCCGUCGUCGGCCACGUUCGUCCGCUGCGACGUGACUAAAGAAUCCGACGUCGAGACCGCCGUGGACACGGCCGUCUCGACGUACGGGAGGCUAGACAUCAUGUUCAACAACGCCGGCAUCGCCGGUGCCCCCCAGAUCAAGAUCCGGGAUUGCCAGCUGUCGGAGUUCAAGCGCGUCGUCGACGUGAACCUCGUCGGCGCGUUCCUCGGGACGAAGCACGCCGCCCGAGUGAUGAUCCCGCAGCGAUACGGGAGCAUCAUCACGACGGCGAGCGUGUGCUCCGCCGUGGGCGGCUCCUCCUCCCAUGCCUACACCAGCUCGAAGCACGGCGUGGUGGGGUUGAUGAGGAACGCCGCCGUGGAGCUCGGGAGGCACGGCGUGCGCGUGAACUGCGUGUCGCCGUAUAUUCUGCCUACGCCGCUGUCGAGGGAUUUUGUGAAGGCUAACGACGAUGGGAUUCGAGGCUUUAAUUCCAACCUUAAGGGAGUGAAUUUGAUGCCAGAAGAUGUGGCGGCUGCUGCCCUUUAUUUGGCGAGCGAUGAAUCUAAGUAUGUGAGUGGGCAUAACCUUAUGGUUGAUGGAGGAUUUUGUAUCAUGAAUCAAGGACUCAACGUAUUUGAUAUGAUCAUAUGACUUUACUUUGAAUCCAUGGGUGGAGUAUUUUGUCGGAUCUUGUAUUUCAUGAUAUUAAUAAAUAAAAUGAAGCAUGAGUCAGUGCUUGAAAA